CAGUACCUGAAAUUACAAGGAUUCGAAAAUUAUAAUAUACGAAAAAUCAUCAAUUAAAUGAACGCUGCUGUAGCUUCUCCUUCAUUUCCCCCUUUUUUUAUCCGAUCGUCAGCUGAAAUUCGCCGUCGCGGUGGUCGGUUUCUGAGCAGCUGCCGCUCUCCAUCCGUACAGAGAAUCGAGUUCGGUGGGAGAUAUUGAAUUCUGUGUAUAGAGAGGGGAGCCAAGAGGAAGAGGAGAAGGAAACCGCGUGCGACGGCGCUUGGGGCGGAGAUAAGAGGAUGAUAACCCGAUCGAAUUUGGCGGAGCAGCUGAGAGAGUAUCAGAUUCGAUCUAAACACGAUUGGGCUUCCCUUUCGUUUUUCUCCUCCACCUCCGUCAAUCUCAGCUCGUCUAGAGUUGACGUUGCGAUCUUUGUAAUAUGGGAACUUGUCGUCUUAGCUUUCGUUGUUUUCUCAGCUGUCUCAUUGUAUUUUAGGCAUUUGAGGCUCGCUAUUAUUUUGUUAUGCAUUACACUACUAAUGCUUUUAUGCAUGAAAAUUACUAAGAAAGUAAAGCUGGCUCGGAAGAAAAAGCGAAGGAUGCUUCUUCCUCUAUCUAUGUAGAUUUGAAAAUUUUUCACAAGGAGCAACUUUUUGAUGUAGAUUGUGAGAAUUCUUGACCAUUGCUUCUGGUCAGUCUUUCCUUUCAUGUAAAUGUACUUAUUGCUAGCUGAUUAAAGAAUCUAAGUGGUGUGAUUCUUGCUCCAUCCAACAGGAAGGAUGGUUAAUGUAGUUCUACAAUGUAUUGAUUGGGCUGACGGGUUAGUCGCCUCUAAUCUCGGUUGGUUACCUCUGUAGGUUUCUUCUUUCCUAAAUUAUCUAUAUUCUUGUUAUUAUUGAAAACUGAAAAGCGAUUUUAUUUA